AUGGGGCCUAUAAUAAAGAUCAAGAAGCCAAAACUUUCUCCUGAAGACCUGGGCGAUGGAAGCAAGGCCAAGCGCAUAAAACUAAAAGGGAAUGGUGCAGAUGAGCUGAAGGAUAAGCAGCUGUCACCUACACAAGCAGCGAACAACGCGCCCAAGAUCAAGCUCAAGCUCAAGAAGAAGGAUUCGGAGCCCCUUCUUCCAGAACCCAAGGCUCCGGUGAAGCUGAAGCUCAAUCUCAAGAAGGACACACCUCCUACGUCAGUUCCUGCUAGCGCGCUCACCAAGGCGCCGCGUAUCAGAGUCAAGCCCCCACGGAUACCUGGCGAGGGGUACGACUCCGAGGCAUCAGAUAUCGAAGAUGACCCAUUGAUGGAGGAGGGCAUCAUCCUUCGCGUUUUGCCGGAUCUACAGGCCGAGUUCGUUAAGAACUCUAUUGAGAGCGGCGACUAUUCUAAUAUCAGCAUCAAGUGGAAAGGCGAACGGCACGCGGUUGUGAGCAUCAACGGCCACCAGUACGGCGCCGUGCUUGUCAACCUUCCGACGGUGAUCGAGGUAAACAAGAGUGUAGAUCGCAAAAACAUGCUCAAGGCGUUCGAUGUUUCGCAGAUGCUCCUGUGCGUCGCGCUUAUUAGCCGCGAAGAGGAUGUGUUUGACCUGCAGCCGCCAGAUACUGAAGAUCUGGUCAAGAAACACUUCGAGAACUACGAGAAGGAGAUCUGUGACGCACGUAAGAUAAUGAUCCAGGGCUUCCAGGGUGGCUCGCUCACAGAUGCCGAGAGUAAGCAUAUGGACGCCAUCCUUGAAAAGGGCUACGACUACAAGCACGGCAUAACCGCGCCACUCUACAAUGUGCGCAACCGCCGUUUCCGCCGUCGCAUGACCGGCUCCGAGAUUGACUACGUCGACCGCACAGUCGAGUUCCUCCUCAAACAGGACGGCGAAGCAGAGGAGUUCACCUACGAGCUCGUGGACGAGGACGCCGUGUUGCAGAAGAGUGCGUCCACAAUAGACCUCGCGCACUUUGCCCAGAAGGCCGCGGCGUCAGGCGUGGCCCAGCCAGCACACUCUACAGACAGCGUGCUUUUCGGUGUGGAUGACGACGACCACGACGACCUGGAGCUCGAGUUGGAGCAGGCUCUGCAGGUUCCCAGCGAGGCAGACGCCGCCGGCGCGCCGCUCGACGAGGCCGGCGACGAGGUCGAGCAGGACAACGGCGACGAUGAAGACGAUGAAGACGACGACGAGGAUGAGGAUGACGACGACGAAGACGACGCCGCGCCGAAGCCCCCCAAGCCAGAGCCCAACGAGAACCUCCAGCACAACGAGCUGCUGCGCGACGAGCUGGGUGAACUCGAGAGCAUCCUGCAGCAGAACCGCGACAAGCUGGCCAAGGCCACCAACCCACUGCUCAAGUCCCGUUUUGUCGACAGCAUCGCCAAGCUCGAGAAGGAGGUCGACAUCAAGCGCAAGCAGCUGCUUGCCAACGAGGAGAUCCUCGAAACAUCCCCUGCUACGUCCUCCCACCGCACGCCCCGCCCGGACGAAGACGACGAACUCGAUGACGACGAAGACGAAGACGAACUCGACGAAGAAGACCUCGACGACCAGGACGACGACGAAGAAGUCGCCACUCCUGCGCAAGCUACAACUCACACUUCUGCGCUGGACGACGAGCUCGAUCAAGAAGACAUGGACAUGAUGAUGCUCUUCGGCGCAGAGGGCGAUGACUAG